GCUCGUAGCGCCCUCUCACAAUGGCUUCGGAUCGGCCUCCUCCAGAUGUCUCCACAUAUUCCCCCGUACCAGCCAGUACUUACAGCUUGAAGGAAAAGAUCAAACUGAUAUUCUUGGAGGAGGCACAGUACCUUUACCAAACAUUUCUCACCGUCAACUCUGUGUCCCUCAAUGGCACCCUGUCCAUCAGUAUCAACGGAAAUGAAGAAAUAGGCAUAAUCGAAGUCUCUGAAACCACGGAAAGAAAUUCUUUUGGAGAUGUGUUCCCUAAUCAACAAUAUGGAGGCAGCACUGCCGCCUCGUAUUCUAGUCCUGGUGCACCCUCACAGAAAGAGGGCAGUCAGGUCAGUGGCAUAUCAAAGAUGGCCAAACCCUUCCCAACGCUGCCUCCAAAGCCGAAGGUCUUCGAUAAGAACUGGUUUGACAAAGUUACCUCCCUUGGAAGGCUGGAGCUGAUGAGGAAGUAUGACAGUGUAGAUAAUGACCAGCAGCCUCAACCAAAGAAUCUGACAGUUGGCAGUCCUACCACCGACACAAGAUGGACAGGAUCUGCCACCAGUGGAUCUGCAGGCUCGAGCCAAGACCAUCCAAUCCGAUUGAGCACAGAGACGCCAAUAGAUGACCUGGCAGUAUCCGAGGACAUCAAACUAGAACCGGAACAGGAUCCAGAUGAGGACUGGAUGGUGGAUGAGGACAAUGCUGAGGAGGACAAUGAGGACAAGAAGGACGAAGACUACCUGCCCGAGAUUGGAGAAGAGGCUGCUGUAGCCGAUGAUGCAGAGGGGGAAGAUGGCAAUGAGGAAGAGGCUGACAACGAUGAAGAAGCUGAUAAUGAUGAAGACUGGUUGGAAUCCAAACGGAGAAGUAAGAGGAAGCCUGGCCUCAAGAGGAAGCUUGUCACAAAAUCUGUUGUUCCAAAAAAGAGAGGAAGAAAAACUGCUGCCAAACUGUCACUGAAAAUUAAGUUGAAACAGCUGACAUCUGUCAAGCCAAAGACGAAAGUGAAGAAAGAUUCGAAAAAAGAGCCACAGCAACCAAUACCAGCUGACUUAACAUGCACACUAUGCCAAAAGAAGUUUGAUACAAAGAGAGCAUAUAAGAGACACUCUGAUCGUCACUGGAAGAGUUUUCAGUGUGAUGAGUGUGGGAAACCAUUCUCCUCUAUGGAUUCGCUGACUCAUCAUAAACGAGGCCUCCACAGCUCCACAAAGCCGUAUUCAUGCGAGGAGUGUGGAACGACCUUCAACUUUCACCACAGCUACAAGCUGCAUAUGAGGAAGCAUCGCGGCGAGCGGCCUUACCAGUGUGAUCAGUGCCAGAAGUCCUACCUGACUGCAACCCACUUGAAGGCACACAAGGAGGCCAUCCAUGAGACUGGGACUAUGAGUCAGUUUGUGUGUGAUACCUGCGGGAAGACCUUCACCUACAGGAACAGCCUCAAGACUCACCAGAUGAUCCACACGGGGGAUCGGCCAUACAAGUGCAGCAUCUGUGAGAAGGGCUUCGUCACCAGACAAGCGCUGAAGACUCACGAGGAGUCGUACCAUGUUCAAGAGAGGAACUUCCAGUGUGACAUCUGCUUGAAAUUCUAUAAGUCUGAACAUCUGCGAAAUGUCCACCGGCGACGUCACACGAGUGAUGUGAACAGGUUCAUGUGUGACAUCUGCGGCCGUCAGUUCAUGUUCAAGAGUAACCUCGAGGCACACUCAUUCGUUCAUCAGGAUGAGCGGCCGUUUGUUUGCAACGUCUGUCAGAAGUCAUUCAAGUGCAUGUCCUCCCUCUACACCCACCAGUAUACCCACAAGACAACAACGCCAUUCAAAUGUGGCAUUUGCACAAAGACCUUCAAGACCAAGAACUGUUGCAAGGCUCAUGAGAAACGCCACAAUGCCAAGAAAAACUUCAUGUGUUCAACUUGUGGGGCUUGCUUCCCAGACAAAGGUGGACUCACCAAGCACAUCAGGACCAUUCAUUCACCACAGAAGCAGUUUAUUUGUAAGCUUUGUCGGAAGGUCGGGACAAGAGCUGACAACAUGAGAACACACAUCAAGAGUCACGGCAAAGAACUUGGUGGCCUGGAUGCAUCUGAAUUCAUUGUGGAGAUCUUAACAUCCGGCGAUAAUCAAGAUAUUCAAGAAAUAGCUGAGAAGUCAUUAGAGUUGUCUAGACAGAUGUUAUCCAAAGCUGAAACCGACGUUCAGCUUCAUGCUCCGAAGGUAUCAACGCAAACCCAGGAUGCAUCAGUGUACCCUCAGACAAGCCACAAUCAAACCUCAAUCCACCAAACUCCUCGGGGUGUGAAUAUGCAGCUACCAAUCAACUACCAACCGUCUCCAGUCUCCCCUCCCCAGCCAGUGUACCAAGCACCUGUGUCUCCCAGCGCCCAUGUGUACCAAGCUCCCAUGUCCCCAUCAGCGGGGAUGUAUCAGCCUCCUCUGUCCCCCCGGAACUACCCCUGCCCUGCCUCACCCCACAGGGAGAGCCCAUCGCACCAUAUGUUGAACGCUGGAGUCCCUCAUCAGCCCGACCCGAUGCAGACUGCUCUUGGUCAGUCCCACACCCUGCAGCCUCUGGUCACAGUGUCGUCCCAUCUCCAGCCUCUCCAACCACCAAUCAAUCCCAUGCCCGCUCACCUACACAAUCAUGACCAUGGUCCUCCUGUGUUUCCCCCCCUGCACCCUCAUGGACAGCUUGGAGGAGGUGAAGGUCAUCAUCCAGCAGACAUGUAAAUGUCAAGGUCAUUGUGUAGCCGACUUUUGAUACAAGGUGAAGGUUGAUGUGAAACAAGGUAUUUCAGGUUUGUAAGCCUAAGUAAGGAUGAUGUGUAGCAGACUUGUGAAAAUAGGUCAAGGUUGAAGUGUAGCAGACUUGUGAAACAAGGUCAAGGUUGAAGUGUAGCAGACUUGUGAAACAAGGUCAAGGUUGAAGUGUAGCAGACUUGUGAAACAAGGUCAAGGUCGAAGUGUAGCAGACUUGUGAAACAAGGUCAAGGUCAAAGUGUAGCAGACUUGUGAAACAAGGUCAAGGGCAGACUUUUUUUUAAAAAGGUUAAAGUGUAGCAGACAUUAAACAAGGUCAAAUUCUUAUGAGUAAGUGAGUAUAGUUUUAUGCUGCUAUUAGCAAUAUUCCAGCAUUUUAACGGUGGGGAUACCAGAAAUGGGCUUCACACAUUGUACCCAUAUGGGAAAUUGAACCCAGGCCUUCAGUGUGGCGAGCGAAUGCUUUAACCAUGAGGCUACCCAACCACCUCCUUAUGAAUCAAAAGGAAAGUAGAAGAUAUAAAAGCUUAUAGUGACAAAAUCAGAUCUUUUGCUCGGAAACUAUACCUCUCUGCAUGUAACUGUACAACACCUCCACAGGGGAGCUUUCUAACUGCCAAUGGCUUCUAAAUUCUCGGUACGAGUGAGUAAAGCAUUCAGAACCGCAUAUCUGAUUUCUGUAUCUUGAAAACAAACUUAGAAUGGGGGGUUACAGUUCUCUCAGGGUUCACCUGAUACGACCGUCUGUGGAGGUGUCAUCAGAGGAAUUGGGUGAAAGAAUGGACUUUAUUGAGAUUGGUGGCUAAAAGGUCAAGGUCAGCUUCAACCUCUGGACUACAUACAUGCAUUUGAUGCUGAUUCUUUGUGUUGUGAAGGUGCCCAGCCGGGAUCCUGUCAGUAUUGUGGGAGUGCAAGCGUGAGAGGGUUUAUUGUACCCUGCUAUUUUAUGACAGGUCCCUUUGUCUUCCCUCAGAGUUGGAUGUUUCUAUCAUUAAUGUUGCUUGGGACAUUUUUCUGCAAUUUUCCGACAUCACCUGUUAAUUUGAAUUACCAUAUUUACUUAUUAACCGUCCUUGUGGCUUAAAAACUUGACAAAGACGCUGCGCUUACAAAAAACAUACACAGUGUCUUUUCAGAUAAGCAAGAGUUAAUUAAACUAAAACUUUUCCAAAAGUGAUUACUGGACAAAUCUAUACCCCUCCUGCACUGCAGUUUUCUGUAACAGAAUCUGUAAUGUACUCAAGAAAAUAUGGACUAAAAAAAUAAAUAAAAUCGUUGUAGGGGGCACUUUUUUAGAUUACAGAUUGGUCUAAAAGUUUGUCAGGGGAAGUCCAUGGGAGCAGUGGGGUUAAUACAGUGAAUAUGGUACAUCCUUUUGAUAUACUAUGUGAACUAUAUUUGUCCUGAUGUUUGUUUGUUUACUUAGUCAUGUUUGUUAUCACCUGUAGGAGUGUAUAGCAUCAGAUACUGCAAUCUGCAGUAAGUUACAGCCACCCAAGAUCACAAGGGUUGUCACGAUGCUCCCAUAAAUUAUUUUUCAGUGAAUUUCUCAAAGAAAAUUCAUUAAUCAAUACAAAUGAUGUAAAACAUUGUUUUUGUUCAGGUGUGUGUAUUGUCUGCUUAGCAGCUUGUUACCAUGGUUACAAUGUUAAGUCUAUUAUAUAUUUAUAUAUACUUUAUGGAAUUAACAUGGCACAGUGUUAUAUUGUACAAACAUUAAUCUAUUUGAAGAGUGUGAGAGACCAAUAUCAUUAAAAUCAGAUCUUAGUUCUCGCUACCGCUAAACAAAGAUCUGAGGACAUCCCAUUACGGGUC